AUGUCUGCAAAAAAUUUUAUUCGAGGUUUUUUAAAUUUUUCAGCGAAACGGUUAGUUUUAUGAUAAUAUAUAUGUUAGACAAAAAUUGUAGAUCAUGCAAUUAUCUACAAAAAUUGUUCUUACACAUUUUUUCAUAACACUAAUUUUGAGAAAAAACAAUUAGAAAGUUUUCGUACGCUGUAUUGUCUAUAAUAUGUACGUACACUUUUCCUAACCACCUAUGAGAUAGUGUACCUAUAGUUCAUUAAAUAUAGCUUGAUCUCUGUGACAGGUGUCAAUGAAACCAACGAAGUAACUUUGAACAAGCGUCAUGUUUACAAUGUCAUUUUGUAUCACUUAUAUUUUUAUUCUUUACGUAUGGGUAUUAUCACAAGUGAACUGCAAUACAUUUUAAAUAUUAAAAAAUCACCUAAAACAUAUUUCGUAGAUUAUAAAACUACUAGCAAUGAAUUUGUGACGCUUACGCAUUACGAGGUCAUACUGGACUAACAAAAAGAUAGAGAUGUGAAAGUGUUAUGUUUUAUUUCAUUUUGUUUUUUGGUAUCACUAUGCCAAAGUUAGCAAAAAAGACUUUUCUAAAUAGUGAAUGCCGUGAGUUUGCGGCUCGCUUAAGGGACUAUUUUGAACGCGAGAAUCAAAAUGGCGGGCAAUUUUUGCCAUUAUCGCAAGUAUGCGAUCGAGUUGCUGAUGCUCUUGGCAUUGGUAGAGCUACUGUCGUUCGCAUAAAUAAAGAAAAAUAUGGAGAAGGAUCAAGCGAUGCGCCAGAGGUAGAUGUUGAUAAGAAAUUAUCAAUUCCAAAUAAAAAAGAAAAAAUCUUCACUGGUCUAGGAUCUACAAGAUCUACAAGAUUGCUCUAGCGAUUCGCAGUAUAAUGAUGAUUGUAAUAAUGACCUUACGUGUACUCUUUUCGAUAAAUAAAUACAAUGAGGAUUUGAUUGAUUUAAAUAUAAUCCACCUGAUUAACUUUUUAAAUUCUACUGUUCAGAUAUGAGUACACAUUGUAAUACUAUAUAAUCCCCCCUGGCGGCCAUUUUGAUGACGUAAUUGUGGCGUAAUUUAUCUCAUGCAUUUUUUAAAUGACGUCACGCGGGUGUUAUUUGGACAAAGUUCCAGUGCAUUAGCAAUUUAUGGGACUUAUAUGACAAUAUUUUCAUUGUAUACAUUAAAAAGAAAGCUUAUUUUUUUAAUGAUAUUGUUUAUCUAAUUGUAAAUUAACCUUCUAUGAGAAUGAAUGUUUUUAAACCUAGAUGCAUUAUUCUCUUAUAUACUUAUAGACCGAUUGUAAAUAAAUAAAUAAUCAAAAGUUAAUAAUAUUUUCAUUGAUUGUUAAUCUAAAAUGAGUAUUUAAAAUAUAAAGAUUUCUAUCGACAAAAAAUACGCAUUAUAUCGUAAGUGUCACAGCUCUAAUGACAGCUGUCACAGAGAUCAAGCUAUAUUAGAAAUAGUGCGUGUAUUUUUUAAUUUUUAAAUUGUUUGAAAAACCGAAUUUUUGCAAGGGUCAAUGUCUAAAUUGACCGGACUAUAUCGUCUAGGGAUAUUUUGUAUAACGUUCUAAAUUCAAAAAAUAC